AUGCUCUCUAAGAAAAGAAAUAGAAGGAGGUACCGGAAGAGGAGUGCUGACUCUUCCCGUGAAUUCAAAUUAUGUAUUCGAUCUUUACCACCAAAUUUAACAGAAGAGCAAUUCAUCAGCACUUUACAAGAGAACAACAUCGAUGUGCAUUCAUUUCAAAAAUCAUUCUACUACGUGCAAGGUCAUUACUCCAGCAAGGUGUUCAAGAAACAGACUUUGUCUAGGGCAUAUAUCCAAUUGGACUCCUUCGAAACCAUUCAAUCGUUGUCAAAAACAAUAAGAACAUGCAGAUUCAUAGAUGAUUUGGAUAACUCGAUGAUUCCAGAUUUACAAAUCUCGCCGUUCGUUAAGAAGUGGGUCAGUCCCAACGAGGUUAAUCCUAUUCAAGGCACGAUUCAAAAGGACCAUGUCUUUCAAACCUUUGUCAAAUCAUGGAAAUUGAUUAAUGAAGAUGAAACCAACUCAUUACAGUUCAAGAAUUUAAGUGUUAUUGCACCUUUAAGAAAGGAAUUAGAACGUGAAGAAAAAAUGGAAGAAGAGUUAAACGGACGUAAGCAAAGAGCACUAAUAGAAUUGGCUGGUGAUCCAACAAGCGAAGAAAAGAAGAAGAGGAUCAAAAAGAUUAAGAAAAAGUUAAGACUAUUAGAGAAGAAGAGGAAGCUGAAACGUGCUAAGGCAAAGAACAAGGAUAAUCCGGACGAGAAAGAUGUUUCUAAGGAUAAAUCAGAAGUUGAGAAGCCCAAAAAGUCUAAAUCCAAACACAAAUCCAAAUCCAAAUCUAAACCUAAAUCGAAAUCUGAACCGAAAUCAUCGAAAUUUGACACUGCGACAACUGAGAAGAGUGCGGUAACAUCCGAAGAAAAGCCAAAGAAGAAGAUUUUGUUGAAACCAAAGAAAGAUGAUGUUCCCAAACCAGAGAUGCCUGCAGAUUCGGAGGUAACGAAGAGAGCAAGACGUAAAAAAUCAAAGAAACAUAAAGACAAAGACAAGGAUGUAAAGAAGGAUUUAACAAGCAAAGAAACAAAGGAAACUCCCUCUAAAGUUACUCCUAAGGUAAAAAUAAAGUCUAAAUCUGCCAAUGUGGAGGAAAUGAAAUCGGAGAAGCGUAAGCAGGAAAACACUAAGCCAGAAAAAAAUCCAUCAAGUGAAUCAGAUAAGAAAGCUAAAUCAAAGAGAAAAAGUAGAAAAGGAAGGCAGUCUGAUGGACCUAAACACAAAGACAAACCAACUUAA